CUCCGGUACAGUAGGUGGCGGCAUGCGCCAACGAUGGUUUGUAGUCCACCAUGAAAAAUAAAACAGAAGAAGCAAAACAAAAUGGAUGCUUGUUUUGAAAAGGAGUUGUGCGAGGAGGUCCGCCGUUACCCACAGUUAUAUGAUUCGUCCAAGUACAGAGGCCACCGAACGACGUCGAACGCCUGGCAACAAAUCGCUCAAACGCUUGGGAGAAGUGAACUAAUCUGCCGUCAAAAGUGGAAAUGUCUGCGAGACAGAUACGUAAAGGCCAAGAAAAAGCUAAAAGGCGGGAGCGGCAAAGCAAGCCGAAGUGCCACUGCCUACAUUAUUUCCAUGUUAGAUUGGCUCUCUGGCUUCAUCAACCGUGGUGCCACAGAGGCGACGCGGAGCGUCAGUUGUAGUAGGCCCGAAGAACCUAUACAAUGCGCGCCACCGAUAAAAGCGCGCAGCUCUCCGCCGAACGCGGAAAGUAUGUCCGAGUCUGAAGAAAGAAAUCCAACAAAAAAAGUAUACUAUUUGACAAAUCCUCAUCUCCCUCUGUCAUCCGUGCGCCUCCUGGUUCCUCCUCUGAGGUUGAUGUCAGCCUGUAUGUGGCAGGUGGCCCAGGAGCGGAAUGUAGACCAGUAUGACAAACUGGCCGAAUUCAUCACGUUGGUGACAGAGAUGGUCCCAGAGCUUCUGAACUACAAACAGAAGACUCAGCUGAUCCUGGGACUGAGAGCUCGGCUCAUCCUUGAGUUAUUAAAGACGAUGGAUGAGGUUGACUGUAAAGCUAUCCAGGAUCAUCUUAACAGUUUCCAACAAACGACAACAAACCUCAUGCAGGAAGAGGACCCAGAUGGAGAGGUGGAGACUUCAAAGUCAGCAUUUGUGGACCUGGUUCAAACAUUGCUUGAAGACCAAUCUGAAAAAGAGAUUUUUUUCAAGGAGGUCUUCCCAGUACAGUAUGGAGCUUGUUUUGAUACAGCGCUGCGGAUUCAGGUGUGGGAGUUCUUCCACCGACUGGAAGAGUUCCUCCCAGUUCCACGUUUUUCACAGGUGUGCUCCAUGUUUGACAUUUCUUCUCUUGACGAGGAGUUUGAGCAGUUUCUCUCUGACCCUGAGGAUCUGAAGAGGAUUUUGCUGCACCAACAGAAGCGACAAAAGUUGACUAAAAGUGAAUUCACCUUCAUGUCAGACACCAUCCUCUCCACGCUCGCCUCUAAACAGACUUCAGCGACAUCUGAAGAUCAGGAUCAAGUAAUGGAUCAGGGAGAGGGCAAACAAGGCACUGGGAAAUCACAGGGAAGAAAUCAAGAGAAGUCAGUAGAGACGACAGUGAAGCAAGAAAACAGCUGGAGAGCAGAAGAUAUUUGUGAGGAUGAUGAAGAGACUGACAACAGUUCCACUGAACCAAACUGUGGGCUGCCUGAGUACAGGCUGUCACCCCUCACUUCCUCUCCACGUUCAGAAGAAGCUGCUGAGCCAGGCGAUGGUGAAACAGCUGUUGAAGCCGCUUUUCAGCCAUCAGAAGAGAGCAGGAUCCAGUCCUUGACAGGAGGCAGAGCCGAUGUCUCUCUUCCAUUCAGCGAGGACUCCGUAAGAGCCAAUGAAAACACACUGGAGUGUGGACAAACCUUUGCGUCUCGUUCCACCUUGAAACAUCCCCUUGUUCACACUUCUGCACGACCAUUCAAGUGCACUCAGUGCGACAAGACCUAUAAACAACGUAAAGACCUGAACUCUCAUCUUCAUUUUCACUCUAACCCUAAAGCCCAUACCUGUAGCCUUUGUGAGAAGAAAUAUCAUUCGAAGUAUGCGCUCAAAGCUCAUCUGCGUCGUCACAGCGGAGAGAGGCCAUUUGGCUGCUCGUACUGCGACAAGAGGUUCUUUAAUAAUGCAAUUUUGAAGUCCCAUGUGCGCAUUCACACCGGUGAGCGGCCGUAUGCCUGUACUUUUUGUGACAAGAGAUUCACACAGCCGUAUAUGCUCACUGUGCACAUCAGGAUUCAUAAGAAAGAGAAGCCGUAUCUGUGCAGCACAUGUGGUAUGUCCUUUGUUAGCUCUGGUGCCUUGCUGGUCCACACACGCAUGCACACAAGGGAGCGGCCUCAUCAAUGUGACAUCUGUGGAAAAGGUUUUACCAAAGCUACGCCAUUGACAGAACAUCGGCGAUUCCACACAGGAGAGAGGCCAUAUUCUUGCUCACAAUGUGACAAAUCGUUCCACCUUAAUGCAGGACUGAAGAGGCACAUGAGGACACACACAGGAUAUAAACCUUACCAGUGUUUAACAUGUCACAAGACGUUUUCUCAAAAAUCCAACAUGAGGAUACACCUCAAGGUCCAUAAGAUCAUUUAGGAAUGUAUAUUUAGUGAUAAAGAAAAGCCUGGUUCAUUUCUAUGCCAGGGCACACUGUUUUGGUGGAUUUCCAUGACAGUAAAACACCAACAUGCAUGUAAAUAUGGACUAGGGGUCUCAUUUAUAAAUGUAGCGUACACACAAAACACACAAAGCUUGUGAUUUAUAAAAACAAACUUGACAGCAGAAUGUACGGUCCUCCACACAAACUCUGACCCAUGCGUAUGCACAUUUUGGAGACAAUGGGAAUUGGCGACGCAGAUGGUGAGGUGGUGAACUGAUGUCAGACUGCAAAAGUAGCCUACAUGUGGGAAUAAAGAUUACUCAUAAUAUUUUCUAGUAUUGAUGCCUCACGCACAUUUCUUCACUCCAUGUCAUCCACGUUAUCAUGAAGAUUCAAUUCAGCAGUGUUAUUUGCGCUUGUACUGAGAGAUACUUGUU